GUUAUCUCUUCAGUAAAUUGUUUCCACAAAUUUGUUAAGUGUUAAGAAUCAUAAGUAAAAUUGCGACAGAUGUCAAUGUUUUCUAAAAGUUUAUAAAUUGUUGGAAUUUGUGCCUCAUUUUAGUUUUAUUUUAUUAAGUGCUUGUAUAAAAACUCAUGGAUUUGUCAUUCAAUUCAGUGGAUUAUGUAGCGUUUGUGCAAGUAAAGGCAAAAGCAUACACCAAAAAGGUGGGCGUGACAAUUUUUCAUCCAUAAUUAAAUAUAAUUCCGGUUAAAGUGAGGAAAAGUUCAUUAAAAAUUAACGUAUUCAGUGUUUAUUUAAAUUGAACAAAAUCCUCACGUAUUUAAACGUUUUUAAACGGCUAUCGUCCAAAAACUGAUCAAAAAAGAACGAAUAAAAGCAGCGCGUCAUAAAUUUUGAGGCACUUUUCUCGUUCCGAGAGAACUUAAGAUGGCCGAAGAUACCGAAUAUAAGAAGUUGCCCGUAGAAGACCGUUGCGUUCACAAAUUAUGGAAAGCGCGAGUUGAUGGUUACGAGGAGGCUGCCAAAAUUUUCCGUGAAAUCGACGACGAGAAAUCACCAGAAUGGAUGAAGUUUACGGGACUUAUUAAGAAAAUGAUUGUUGAUUCGAAUGCUGUCGCUCAAGAAAGGGGUUUAGAGGCGGCAUUAAUUUUUGUUGAAAAUUGUGGACAUGCUGGUAAAACUGUAGGCGAUGUUAUGUCGGGAAUUGUGCAGAAAUGUAUCGCUGCUCAAAAAGCUAAAACUAAAGAUUUAUCGGUUCAGAUAACCUUGAUGUACGUUGAAAUUGAAAAGCAAGAAGCUGUUACGGAAGAACUGAUCAAAGGUAUGGAUCACAAAAAUCCUAAGAUUGUGGCUGCCUGUGUCGCUGCUACAAGUUUAGCUUUAAAAGAGUUUGGCAGUAAGGUAAUCGGUGUGAAACCUCUAAUUAAAAAAUUGGCGCCGCUAAUGAGCGACCGCGACAAAACUGUGCGCGAUGAAGGCAAACAAUUAGCUAUAGAAAUUUACAGAUGGAUUGGGCCUGCAAUGAAACAGCAAAUCUCUACACUCCCUCAGGUUACGAUUAAGGAACUGGAAGAGGAAUUUGAUAAGUUAAAGGGCGAAAAAGCUGAACCUAAUCGUUACUUAAAAUCUCAACAAGAGAAAAUACAGCAUCAGACAGCUGCCGUUAGAGAUGAUGAGGAUGUUGGCAAUGAUGAUGACGUCGAUGCUGGUAUCGAAGAAAUUGACCCCAUGGAUCUUAUUGAUCCUGUUGAUAUACUCUCAAAGAUUCCAAAAGAUUUUUACGAGAAAUUAGAAGAAAAGAAAUGGACAAUUCGUAAAGAGUCUUUGGAGAUUUUAGAUAAAUUACUUACAGAAAAUCCAAAAUUAGAAAGUGGAGAUUAUGGAGCUGUAGUGACUGCUUUAAAAAAAGUAAUCACCAAGGAUACUAACGUUGUUUUAGUGGCUAUGGGUGGUAAAUGUUUGGCAAUGCUGGCUAAAGGUUUAGGAAAACGCUUCUCCCCCUAUGCCAUGGGCUGUAUCCCAUCUUUGCUCGAAAAGUUCAAAGAGAAGAAGGCUAAUGUUGUCACAGCUUUGCGUGACGCAAUUGACGCUAUUUAUCCAUCCACUAGCCUAGAGGCCAUGCAGGAAUGCAUCGUUGAAUCUUUGGGCAGCAAGAAUCCGAAUGUAAAAUCUGAAACGGCUUCAUUUUUAGCUCGCGCCUUUUGUCGCACACAACCAACAGUUAUUAACAAAAAACUUUUGAAACUUUUGGUUACCACUUUAAUUAAAACUCUUAAUGAACCAGAUCCCACAGUCAGAGAUUGCUCUGCUGAAGCCUUGGGUACUUUGCUCAAGCUUAUGGGCGACAAGCAAGUGAGUCCCUUUUUGAUAGAUGUAGACAGUUUAAAAUUGGCUAAAAUCAAAGAAUGCCAAGAGAAGGCCGAGAUUAAAGUUAAAAUAGCAGGCGUCAAAAAGGAGCGGCCAGCUACGGCACCAAUUAGCAAAGCGUCGUCUGGUGCAGCCACACCACGGGGUGGUUCUAUAGAGCCUAAACCGGUCACACGUCCCGCUACUGCGGGAAUGAAAAAGGUCUCUACAAAGAAAACAACCGUUACGGGCGGAAGUGGUGGGGGUAUUCCCCUAUCAAAAAGUGCCAGCGCUGCUAGAAUGUUAACAAUCGAACGUGAGAUGGCCGCGGAAGAGAUUCAAUCUAAAGCUGAAGAAAUUUUUACUGCAAAAGAUUUGGCCAGUCUAAGUGAUAGCAACUGGAAAAAUCGCUUGGUCGCUGUGGAAAAUUUACAGCAGCAAAUCGUUGAUUUUGAUCCAAAAAUGCAGGGAAUUUCUCAAAUAUUAGUGCGCACUAUUAGCGGACGCAAGCCCGGUUUAAAAGAAAUGAAUUUUCAAGUUUUAAAAAUCAAAUUAGAUAUCAUACGCACUGUAGUCGAAACAUAUCCGACUACAUCAACGACUGUAGAUGUUGUUAUCAAUGAAAUUACAGAAAAACUCGCAGAUAUUAAAAACGGUGGUUCGGCUGCUGAAGUUCUAACAGCAUUUGCUGAAGCCACCAAGUUGGACUACGUAGUGGGCCGUGUUCUUUCGUUUGCCUUUGAACAAAAAUCUCCUAAGGUACAAUCAGAAGCUCUAAACUGGGUUAAUAAGUCCAUACUUGAAUUCGGCUUUCAAAUACAGCCGAAAUUUUUAAUAGAAGACGUACGCAAAGCCGUACAAAGUACUAAUCCUACAGUUAGAGGUUCUGCCAUUGCUUUAGUGGGGACCAUGGUUUUGUAUAUGGGCAAUACUUUAAUGAUGUUCUUUGACAAUGAAAAGCCCGCUUUAAAAUCUCAAAUUCAAGCAGAAUUUGAUAGAAAUUUGGGUGAGAAGCCGCCGAAGCCGGUACGUGGUUUGAAGAAAGGAGAAAAUGUUAAAAAUGUAGAUGCGGGCGUUGGCGGUGAUGUUGCCGAUGAGGGUGAUAUUGAUGGAGAAGAAGUUAACGAGGACGAAGAGCCAUUAGAACCUAUAAACUUGGUUGAUUUUCUUCCUCGCGUAGAUAUUUCACCCCAAAUAACUGAAGCUUUAUUAAAAGAAAUGUCAGAUAAAGAUUGGAAAACUAGGAACGAGGGUCUAAACAAAUUGCAAGCUAUUAUCACCGAAGCACGAUUAAUUAAACCCUCUAUUGGUGAUUUGGCACCAGCUCUAGCUUUACGUCUGGUAGAUUCAAAUGCUAAAAUCGCGCAAACUGCUCUAACUAUAUGCGAGCAAUUGGCCAAUGCUAUGGAUUCUGGCUGCAAAAAUUAUGUUAGGGUGCUUUUUCCAGGGUUUCUGCAUGCGUUGGGGGACAGCAAGAGUUUUGUAAGAGCGGCUGCGUUAAACUGUAUCAACAGUUUCGGUGAGAAAGGAGGCUACAAAGAAUUUUUCGAAGGGGAAAUGCUCGCGGAUGCUUUGAAGACUGGUUCACCUGCCUUGAAAGUAGAACUUUGGGCUUGGUUAGCUGAACGUUUGCCACAAAUGCCGCCAAAGAGCGUAUCAAAGGAAGAAUUAGUUUCUAUGAUACCACAUCUUUAUGCGCACAUAUGCGACCGUAACGCCGACGUACGAAAAAAUGCUAACGAGGCCGUUUUAGGCAUAAUGAUACAUUUAGGUUUCGACACUAUGGUCAAGGCUUUAGAUAAGCAAAAACCUGCCGCUAAAAAAGACAUACAGGUGGCGCUAGAUAAAGCAAGACCUAAUUUGCCAAUUAAACCCUUGCCUAAAAGCAAGCAACAAGCUCCUCUGUACGAAGAGAAGAAAACCUUACGUGGUGGCGGUGGGGCAUCCUCUAAUAACGCCCAGAGUUCGAAAACAGCAAAUGGAGCAAAUAAGAACAAUUCAGGAAAUGCUAAAACCUUAAAUAAUUCAGGAUCACGCAAGAAGGAGGAAGAAGUGGAAAACUCUCCCUUAUUAGUCGUAAACAAUACCAAGAAUCAAAGGUUAAUCGAUGAGCAAAAAAUGCGAGUGUUAAAAUGGACGUUUACAACACCCCGGGAAGAAUUCAUUGAGCUCUUGCGAGAACAAAUGAUAUCGGCUAAUGUCAAUAAAGCACUCAUGGCGAACAUGUUUCACGAUGACUUUAGAUAUCACUUGAAAGUUAUUGAAACUUUAAUGGAAGAUUUACCUCAAAAUCCAAAAGCUUUAAUAAGCAAUUUAGAUUUGAUAUUAAAAUGGCUGUCAUUACGUUUCUAUGACACUAACCCCUCGGUCCUUAUUAAAGGUUUAGAAUAUUUACAUCAAGUCUUUGUGACGUUGCUCAAACAUGAGUAUAUUUUGGCCGAUAAUGAAGGAAGUUCUUUUAUACCCCACUUGUUACUUAAACUGGGUGAUCCGAAAGAUACUGUACGCAACGGUGUUCGCUCUUUGUUACGUCAAAUUUUAGUAGUUUAUCCAUACAACAAGGUUUUUAUUUACGUCAUGGAAGGUUUAAAGUCUAAAAAUGCCAGACAGCGUACCGAAUGUCUAGAUGAGUUGAGCUAUAUGAUUGAAAACUACGGUCUUACCGUUUGCCAACCUUCACAACAAGUCGCUUUAAAAGAGAUUGCUCGUCACAUUUCCGAUCGCGACAAUAGCGUGCGUAAUGCUGCUCUUAAUUGCGUGGUACAAGCUUAUUUCCUUGCUGGAGAGAAAAUUUAUAAACUCAUCGGUCAGUUGAACGAUAAAGAUCUAUCAAUGCUGGAUGAACGCAUUAAACGCGCCAAAAGGCCACAGAAAAAAUCUGACACCAGCCUUAACGUUAGUGGCAAAUCUUCAGGACAAGUACAUCAGGAAAGCAUUGAAAUCGACGAACCGUCCACUAAUGGUUGCGAUGAGUUGCCACCACCCGAAGAACUUGAUCAAAGUCAUGAGAACGGAGAGAAUGAAAAUGAAGAUAGUAACAGCUCUCAGGAUGAAAAAGAAGUGCGCGCAACUUCACUAAUAAGACAAGCAACUUUUGAUCAACCUUCAGCAACAAUUAUUGGUUCUUUGGGUCAGCAGCAGCUACAACAGCAACAACAUCAACAAUCUCAUCCCCCCAAACCUAGCGGUCCGUUUGGCUUAGAUCCGAAUGUUAUAUCAGAAAUAGAAAAAGACUGGAUACGUGUCGAUCAGGUGGAACAUCUUGAAGCGCCACGUGUAGAUAUUUCAUUGCUCUUUGAACCCAUUAAAGUAAUUUCCACAAAGGACGGUCAUAGAUAUCCCCAAGAUAAAUUCGAUCAGUUAUUAGCCCGUUCGCGUUAUAUGCAACAAGCUGCAACAGGCGGUUUGAUCGGCAAUAUUUCACCUUAUAUGAACCCCCAACAGCAGCAGCAACAAUAUAACACACUUUAUCAACAAAAUUUGGUCAACCAACCACCCAAUCUAGCGGAUGUUCUACCGAAACAUGAUCCACAUUUAAUUAAAAUUAUUAAAGCCGUAAGCAGUACGGAUACUUUGAAGGCUAGAGCGGCUAUAAAUGAAUUAUCCGAAAUUAUAGAGUCACCAGAGAAGCAAGCAGUACUAAGGGAUUACGAAGAGAUAUUCAUACAGAAUGCUUUAGCGCAGUUAAAGAAUCUUUCUCAAGUGCCUAUAGCCGAAUCUCUAGUUGUCUAUCAACCAUUGCUUUCCAUCCUGUACUCAUUUUUCCACUCGAAAAUGUUGGGAAAAACAUUAAGCGUUGCCUGCAUUAAAAAUCUCAUGUCGGCUUUACUGCAUCUAAUGGCUGAUCAGAAACUCAAUACAGGGGAUGAUGGUCAAUACAAUAAAGUAAUCAACGGUAUUUGUUUGAAGGUUCUUGACAAAUCUAACUUUACAAGUCUGAAUUGUGCUUUGAUACGUUUAUUGCGAGAAACUUGUCCCAGCGCUGGCCUACCAAAAUUCACAGAUCUCUUAAUGAAAUGUAUCUGGCGAAAUGUUAAAGCGUUGCCCGAGCGUAGUAACGAUUUAAAUUAUGAUGCGGUUUUAUUAGAAUUACACGAAUUCAUGUUGGCUUUGCCAAGCUCAUGGUGGCAAACCAGACCUUCUGAUACCCCAUUACGUACUGUAAAGACUAUAAUUCAUAAUAUGGCUAAGAUUAAGGGCAAUGCUAUACUUCAACAUCUCAAUCAAAUACCUACACAUUCUGAAUUGCAUACUUAUCUCAUUAAAAUUUUAAAGAAUUUGCAAAAAGAUGGCAAUCUACCUAGUUCCUCGCCGCAACGUUCAACUUGUUCCAAAGACGUGCAUACCAAGCAAAGAAUUACGUAUCAGACACAUGAGACUAUGUCGCAAAUAUUUAAACUGAUAUCGGAUAAGGAAACCAAACAACAAGGCUUACAGAAAUUGUAUGACUUUAAGAUGAAAAACCCUGAAAUCGAUGUUACUUCUUUUCUAAAAGGAGCGAGUCCAAGUUUUCAAAAGUACAUAGAAGAAGGCUUAGCCGAUAUCCAACGCAAUACCGGCUCGCUGAGCUCACAAACUAAUCCACAAAACGCACAAAUUAAUGAUAAUCGGUUGGAUGCAAAUUACCAACAAACAUCAUCGGUGAGCGAAAGCCACAGCAGCGGUUUGAGAGCCGACCCCGAUUUUUGGAUGGAUCGUUUAAAUCAAUUAAAAGCGAAAGCUAAUAUGCCGCCUCAUCGCAAUGCGGACGGCUGUCUGUUAACUAGUGCCCACAUGAUGGAUAAUAAAGUAGUGGAUGAAAAUCUCAGCUUCAAUAAUAUGAACACUCAAAAGGUUUCCCUAAUAAGAAGAGAUAAACCGGAAAUGUCGCCCAAUCGUUUACAGCAUAUACAGGCCAAAUUGGCACAAAUCAAAAAAGAGAAUCACACUUAAAGGACAAGAGAGUAGGUGGAAAACGUCCUUGUAACCCCUCUCUCUUAGUCUACCUUUUUUAAGAAAGGAUUUAUAUAUAAAGUAUUUAAGCAGCAACCUGUUAUAGAAGAUGUUAAGAAGUUUAUAUAUAAUUAUUCUUAUACUACUAAAAAGUCGUGAAAAAAGAACCUCUAUUACUCUUGGAAAUGAAUUUCUAAAUUCAGUUUUUCUUACCUUAUCUUUGUACUUUGCGCGUGGAUUGGUGGUUUGUUAAUUUAUGAAAGACGUAGUGGAGCAUUUAAAUGUUGUGCCCCUUUCCCCCUCUCCCCACCCUACCUUCAUGUUCAUUACCGCGUUUAACUUGUUCAAAGUGUUAUAUACGUACUGUGCCGAAAUGAAAUGAAAUUUUCUUAAGAUGCCUUGCGGCAUUGCUUCAAUAAUUAAAUCUUAGUUUAAAUGUCUUAAAAAUUGUAUUAACCUCUUUUACUUAAUGCUCGUAAUAAUUGUAUAUGUAAACAAUCAUCUAUUCAGUAAUAAAAAAAACCCAAAAUUUGUGUUAUUAAAAAAAAACGAGUUGCCGUACAAAUAAUUUUUUUUUUUUUUUAAAAUGGUUUAUAAAAGAGCAUUAAAUGCAAUUGAAGCGCUCAUACACAUAAAUAUAUAGAGUAAAUAUUUUCAUACGACAUAAAGACUCUAACAGAACUAAUAACAUAAAUAACAAAGUAAACAAAGAUUUCAAAGCUAUGUAAAACCACGUAUUAAGGUUGAUCGAAAACAAAGGAUUACACGAAUAAAUAUUAAUUUAAAA